CUCUCGUUCAGAUUCUUGUUUAUCUAUUUUGCGAGUUGUCCUCUCGUCUUGACAUACUAGUAGUUGUAUCGAGUAACUAUCUUUUCUUGGCAUGUAAUCCUCGAUAAAAGGAAGCACCUUCCUAGCUGCCAGGUUUCUAUGGAUGAUCAGUGCAUUUUAACAGCCUAGUAAUUCCUCCGUUCCUAAAUAUAAGUCUUUUUGAGAUCCCAAUAAGAGACUACAUAGGGAGCAAAAUGAUUGAAUCUACACUCUAAAAUAUGUUUAUAUACAUCCGUAUGCGGUUUGUAUUGAAAUCUCUAAAUAGAUAUAUAUUUAGAAACGGAGGGAGUACUAUUCAUCUUCUCCCCCUCCUAGUCGGCCCACUCUCUAGCCCCUGCUGCCUACCGGCUACCGCUGAUGUGCCGACCACCCCUCUAAGCUCCGCCCUUCUCAUGCGCAUGCAAGCACCUGUCAACCCUCUUCCUAUGCUCAGCAUGGUGCCGGCAACGAUGCGCCUAAGCAACCAAUGCUUAGCAAAUCCGCAAAAAAAUAUCUCUUUCGGUUUGUGCUUCUUGUUAGGCUUGUUACCAUAUGUAUUGUUUUGCAGUUUUUUCACAUAUUUUCAAAACUUAGAGCUAUAAUCUUUUUUUUCCGUGAACGUUCAUAUGUAGUUAUGUACCAUGCUCAGACUAGCACUUUGCAUCGAAGUACUACGAGUUAGGGGGUAUUUGGUUGGGCUUAACUUUGGCUUUGCAUUUUGGCUUAUAAGCCAAAAAAUCACCUAUUUUAUGGGUUUCCGGCUUAUACCAUCAUGUACAAAAGCCAAACAACACUGAUACGUACGCGCAGGACACUUCCCGUCCAAUAUUUGUACGGUAUCCCACAUCACACCGUUCAUGUGCAAGGCCGUUGGAUUAGCCAUCGUACCAUUAUCGUACCACAACACGUUGUAUGUGAAGUACUUCCGAUAGCCAAAAGCCUAAAAAUGGGUGUUUUGAGUUGGUCUUCCAUCCUUAUUUUACUAAUAGUUGUAUCGAGUAAUCCUCUGUUUUUGACUUGUUAUCGUCGAAAAGAGGGGGCACUCAUCCGUCAGUUGCCUGAAAAAGUUUUUAUGGAUAAGUCAUUUUCUUCCUUCACGUGCGACUACUGUUCAUGUUCUUCCCGUCCCAUUCGGCCCGCUCUCUAGCCCAUGCUUAACUGCCUACCACUGUUGUUCCGGCCAUCCCUCUAAGCCCCAUACUUCUACUGCGCCGGCAAGCACCCUUGUAGUUGUCUAUCCUCUUCCUAUCUUCUACCGGGGACGACGCGUCUAGACAACGUAUGCUUAGCAAAUCCGCAAAAAGUAAUCUCUUUUGGCUUGUGUCUUCUUGUUAGGCUUGUUACCAUAUGUACUGUCUUUAGUUUUUUCUUCACACAUUUUUAAAAAUAGAGCUACGAUUUUUUUUUCAUGAAGGUUCAGAUAUUAGGUUCAUAUGUAGUUAUGUACCCUGUUCAGACUUGCACUUUGCAACGAAAUACUACGAGGUAGGGGGUAUUUGGCUAGGUUUAACUUUGGCUUUUGCAUUUUGGCCUAUAAGCAAAAAAGACGCAUAUGAUGGUAUUAAGCAAACAAGACACGUAUGAUGGUACUAACUUUAGUACAAAGUUGUAUCAAGAUUGAGACACUUAUUUUGGAACGGAGGGAGUAUAAUCCAAAUGUCCAUAAGAGGUAUAUUUGGGGCUUAUAAGCCAAGUGCAAAAGCCAAAGUUAAGCCCAACCAAACACCCCUUGGUGUACUUAUCUUCUUCGGCGAGCAUAUAAUACAAACAUGUUUACAAAUAAAACACUAAUUUAUGACCACUUUCCAUUUUUAUCCUUGCAACCCCAUUGGUGAAAAAAUGGUCUAUCUGUAUCGGAACUUAUUGAGUAAAAGUGACGUAGUAUGCACUAAUGUAGGAAACAUAAACCUAAUGGGUCUCCGCAUGCUUGUUCUACCAGUGCUCUUAGGGUUGUUUUAUGGAGCAAGUGACAUUAAUUGCUCAGCAGUUCGUGGUAACACCACAGAUCACCGUUCACUGCUUGAUUUCAAAGGGGCCAUCAGAGCGGACCCAAGAGGAGCCUUAAGCUCUUGGAAUGAGAACAUCCACUACUGUAUGUGGUCGGGCAUCAAGUGCAGCACAUGGCACCCAGAACGUGUUACGGUGCUAAACCUUGCCAACCUGAGCUUGACAGGCCAAAUCACACCCUCUCUUGGAAAUCUAACCUUCCUUCGGGAACUAAAACUAUCCAAUAAUCUCCUAUCUGGCCAGUUGCCACCUUUCAAUCGUCUUAUACGAUUACGGGUCCUUUACCUACAUGAUAACUUAUUGCAAGGGAGCAUUCCGAAUGCUCUUACAAAUUGUUCCGAACUCGUUGGGCUAGAUCUCUCUUCUAACAUGCUAGUGGGUUCAAUUCCCCAAAAUAUAGGUUCGCUCUCCAAUCUUGUAGGAAUCGACCUUUCCAAUAAUAGCCUCACAGGAAACAUUCCGCCAACCUUCGGCAACAACACUUACUUAGAAGAGCUACGACUUACCCACAAUCAACUCAAAGGACGCAUUCCCGAAGAUCUUGGGAAAUUGCCGAAUAUGGGGAGGAACCGGGCGGUGUUUCUCGGUCAGAAUAGGCUAUCGGGUAGAGUUCCAACAACAUUGUUUAAUCUAUCCAAGCUUAUAAUACUGGACUUGAGUACAAAUAAGCUAAGGGGCACAUUGCCAUACGAUAUCGGUAAUCUAUCUGUUUCGGUUCAAUGGCUACUUUUGGGUGCAAACAACUUGUCUGGGACAGUGCCACCGAGCAUUGGGGCCCUAAAGAACCUAACAGUUUUAGAUCUUGGAGGAAACAACUUCGUUGGACCUAUACCGUACUCCAUCGGCAAUCUGGCAAAUUUACAGAGGCUCUACCUUUCCAAUAAUCAUUUUGACGGUUGGUAACACAGCGACGCUGCUUGACGGCCAACAACUUGAUUAGACUGGUUGGCCGAGCCAAGGGAUGUUGUUUGCUGUGCUAGUGCAAUGGCCCGACGAGGGCUCUGCGCGCGCCUCCCUGUCCUUGCAUGGCUGCGCGAUAAUUUCUAUUAGCAGGUCUGGUUACUCUGUUCCGCGCUGCAGUUUUCUUUUUCUUGUUCUCCUUAGCGAGUUCCUAUGUAUUUCAGCUGGUCUGUCCCAGUGUAUGCGUUUGAUAUGUACGUACGGUUUGUGUACGUGUGCACCUCAUUUGUAUAUGUAUACCACCUGCGCUUUCUCUA